CCCCGUUCAUUUCUCGUUCAAUACUUCCUGUGAAAGGUAAACAAAUGGCGCUCCUCGCUCCGAAGUGUAAAAUGGUUCAAAAUGUAAGCAGAAUACGCUCAUUUAAGAGAUCAGAAUGCCCGGACAGAAGAGGAAAUAUAAUGUUCGCUUUCCACCCGGACGCAUCAAGAAGAUAAUGCAAAAGGAUACAGAAGUGGGACGAAUCGCUACAGCGGUGCCAGUUAUCAUAUCUAAAGCUUUAGAAAUGUUCGUCAGAUCUCUGCUCACCACGACCUGUAAAAUAACCCAGUCCAGGAACAGCAGAGUGAUGUCCAUAAAUCACAUGAAACAGUGCAUUCAUUCAGAGAAGUUGUUUGACUUCCUGAAGGAUUUGGCAGAUCAGGCCUCCACUGCAUCAACAUCAGAGUGCAAAACUAAGGGCAAAUGGCAGUCGCACAGGAAACGGUGGCAAAGUGUGUCUAUCAAAGCCAGGUCGCCGGAAAGGGAGGAGCCACCCCAGAAAGCCACCAAUGAUUUGGUCAUCAACAGCGAUUCGUCCAGUGAGUCUGAGCUGUUUAUCUGCUUGGAAACUCAUUCACCUUGACCAGUUUGUCAAGAUCUCUCGCUGAAAACUGCAGUGCUAUUUAUGGAGACCCAGCAUCUUUUGGGAAGGGGGUGCGUUACCGUUAUUCUUAGCAUCUGACGCAAAUAUUUAAUUUUUAAUUUGUGAAAUUGCUCUGUCGCGGGAUUAUGCCGAUUUUUUUUGUUUGUUUAGGGACAGGGAGUUUUAAAUUCCGAUGAGGAAGAAAAUAUUUAGUUUAUUAUAAGAGAUUUUGAGCGGCUCCACUAUUUUUCUUUCGGUUGGAUUCAUAAUUAAAACUGUAGUUUGAACGGUGUAAUAAUGUAACAUGAUUUUCUAAACUGUGCGAUUUAUAUAUUUAUAGGUAAAGGUAAAUAUAUUUAUUCUGUUCUAUCUGUCAUCGCUAAAGACAGGUCACCGUUUUGUUACCAUUAUCCGCAGUAGGUUACCCUUUAAGGGGCAUAUUGUAUGAUAAAGUCAACUGUAUUUUAUAGUAAUUAUUCUAUAAGGUAUAUUUUAAGAUGUCGAUAUUACACAAUAUUGUAUAAAUAUGCAUUUUCUACUUCUAGCCUAACUGCUGUGAGAUAUGACAGAUGUAGUAAAAAAAAAUGUAAAUGUAAAACAAGAAUCUAUUAUAGAGCAAAGCAAAAUAACGGCUGAAUAAAAUAUCUUGAGGA